AUGCUCGUGUCAGAGAGGAAGCGCAAGGGGAAGGAGCUGGCGGACGACCAGGAACGUGAGAGGGUUGUGCGCGGGCUGGAGUGGGAUCGUGAUGAGUCGGAUGCGGACGACGAUGAGGAGGAGGCCUAUGAGGAGGAGGAGGACCAGGAGCUGGACGACGACCCUUUCCGCGAGGAGGAUGAGGAGGAGGAGGAUGUGGAGGAGAUAGGCAUGGAUCAGCCUGAGUGA